GAGUCAACCCAUCUCAUAAUAUUCAACUAAACACCAUCCGACCCCAGUUUAAAUCACGAACUUCUCAUCCAUCACCAAUAAAUACCCCAAUCCGAUCACAACCCUAUUCCAAAAACAAUCAGAAAUAUUUCCAAGUCUAAUUGAUCAUCGUUGCUUGAGAGUUUCUCUGACUAAUUAAUCAACGACAUGUCUUAUGCUGUACCGGUGCCGGCGGCAGGGCCGAGCGCACAGCCACUGGCGAACCCGGUGACGGUGGUGAGCCCGCAGUUCCUCGCGGCAUACCCGGUGGACCUGGUGAUCACGGAGAAGAUGAUGACCAUAAAGGAGGGUGCGUUUACUGUGUCCGAUGUCAACGGCAACCUCAUGUUCAACAUCAAAGGCUCACUUUUCAGCCUUCACGACCGCCGCGUGUUGGUGGACAACGCCGGUAAUCCAAUCGUCUCUUUCCGACAAAAGAUAAUGACGGCUCAUAGGAGAUGGCAAGUAUAUAGAGGAGAGAGCUCAGACUCGAAAGAUCUACUUUUCAGUGCCAAGAAGGCAUCUCUUUUGCAGUUCAAGACUGAAUUAGAUGUGUUCCUGGCCGGUAACACAAAAGAAGACAACUAUGAUUUCAAGGUCAAAGGAAGUUGGGGGGAGAGAUCUUGCACCAUAUACACUGCAGACAACACCAUCAUUGCUCAAAUGCAUAAGAAGCAUGACAUCAAGAGCCAUUUCUUUGGAAGAGAUGCAUUUGGAGUGACGGUGUACCCUAAUGUCGAUUACGCCUUCAUAGUCGCUGUUGUGGUCAUUCUUCAUGAGAUUAAUAUGGACAGAAGUGGGCUAGACUGAAGCUGUGCUUUAUUUCUGUUGAAUAAAUUGAUGAUGUCUGUUGUAAUGACUUUAUUUCUGCUGUGUUUUCUAAAAACUUGCGAAUGUAUGAUGAUUUGGAUCUUUACUAUUCUGUGAUCAUGAGUUUUCAUUACAAAUGCGAUUUGUAACUUGUUUGAGAUUA